GCGGGGCACAGCGCUCAGGCGAGGGGGCAUCGCAGGGCGCUGGGCGGCGGCUGACACCCCCGAAUUCCUGCAGGCGGCGGGCAGGGUGCGGGGUCCCUCGAGGUCCCCAACCCCACACCCUGCCCCCCUCCCGGGCCGGUCGGGCAGGGCAAGCGCUCUCCUGAGGCUGCGGAGCCACCUUCCUCCACUGCCCCCUCGCCGCGCCCAAACUGGGACCCUCGGAAGGGAAGAGUGGAGAGAAAGAAGGUUCGGGAAGACCUCAGAGGGGCUGGUUUUGGAGACGCCGACCCCCCCCCAUACCUCCCCACACACCUCCCUCCACACCCUCCGCUGGUCGCGGGAGGGGCGGCAUCUCCCCGCCCCCGGGCCGCGCGGCCCGCUCCCUCCGCCCGCGGCGGGAGCCUGAGCCAAGUGGGCGCGCCCGGCCGGGGGCCGGCGGGAUCCGGUGUCGGCUGCAGCUGGCAGUGCGGCGGACGGGCGCGGGCGGCCUGGGGGGCCAGCUACUAAUACCGCGGCCGCCCAGCCCGGGUCGCGCAGCCAUGGCCAGCCCGGAGCCCCGGCGCGGCGGGGACGGCGCCGCCCAGGCCGCGAGAUCUUAUGCCUGUUCUAAGACGAGAGUGGUAAAAAGGAGCUCCGGCUCUGGAGCCAGACCGCCGGCCUUCGCCAGGCUCCACCACGUACGAGUUGUAGAACUUUGAAAACACAAGAGCAGAGGCCACUUCUCUUCAAGAGGGGAACUCUGAAUCCCCGUAUGAGGUGGGGACCUGGAACCCAGAAGUUGCUCUGUCUUUGGAAGGGACCUUGAACUUAGAGGAUAUCCUCUACCUGGGGGACACAGGUGACUUUGAUGUGGCUAUGUAUGUGGAAGAGACCAAGAAGCCCGAGGAGAUGCUGCAUAUUGAGGAGACCAGGACGCCUGAUGAGGCCCUGUAUGUGGAGGAGCCAGGAAAGCCAGGGGAGAUGCUAUAUGUGGAAGAGCCCGUGAAGCCGGGAAAGACUACAAGCCCAGAGCAGAUGGUUUAUGGGGGAGAGACAGUCCCGAGCGAGGAGAAACCUAACCCCGAGGAGAGCCUCAGAGCUGGACAGGGUCCCAGCACAGAGGGGAGCCUGAGCACAGAGGACCUGGAAUUGCUGGAGGGGCGUUUCCAGCAGUGUGUCCAAGCCGUGGCCCAGCUGGAAGAGGAGAGGGAUCAGCUCAUCCACGAGCUUGUGUUGCUCCGGGAACCAGCCCUGCAGGAGGUGCAACGGGUCCACCAGGACAUCCUGGCUGCCUACAAACUGCACGCCCAGGCAGAGCUGGAGAGGGAUGGGCUGAGGGAGGAGAUCCGGCUGGUCAAGCAGAAGCUGUUCAAAGUGACGAAGGAAUGUGUGUCCUACCAAUAUCAGCUGGAGUGCCGCCGGCAGGAUGUGGCCCAGUUCGCCGAGUUCCGAGAAGUGCUGACCGCCCGGGCGGCCCAGCUCUCGGAGGAAUUAGCCCAGCUUCUGGAUGCCUAUCAGAAGCAGAAGGAGCAGUUACGGCAACAACUAGAAGCACCUCCAAGCCAGAGGGACGGGCACUUUCUCCAGGAGAGCCGGCAGCUCUCUGCCCAGUUCGAGAACCUCAUGGCGGAGAGCCGCCAGGGCCUGGAGCAGGAGUAUGAGCCUCAGCUGCUGCGGCUCCUAGAGAGGAAAGAAGCUGCGGCCGAAGCUCUGCAGAAAACCCAGGCCGAGAUCCAGGCGAUGAAGGAGGCUCUGCGACCACUGCAGGCAGAGGCCCUUCAGCUCCACCUGCAAAACAGGAAUCUGGAGGACCAGACCACCCUUGUGAGGCAAAAACGAGACGAGGAGGUGCAGCAGUACAGGGAACAGCUGGAGGAAAUGGAAGAACGACAGAGGCAGCUAAGAAGCGGGGUGCAACUCCAGCAACAGAGGAACAAAGAGAUGGAGCAGCUAAGGAUCAGCCUUGCUGAAGAGCUCUCAACGUACAAGGGCUGUUUAGAAACAUAUGGCCGAAUCUGUAACCAAGAAACGACGACAAAAAACUCCUUAGCAAAGGAUCACUAAGUACCCUUUGGACAUACUUUUUUCUAAACAGAAAAGGGAGUGCCAGGGAUUUGGCAAGCAGUUCACUCUGGGAAAGUUACAAAUACUGGCUGACCUGUUUAAAAAGAUUCUAGGGCUGGCCGGAGGCAGAAUACUAUCAGUCAACUCUUAGCUGGAUUCUAUUUCAUAGGCUGCUGGUACUGAUCUCAAUGCACUGAGGAAUGGAAAAAUAAAAGUCUCCUGUCACCCAUCAGCAACCCUCCACACAAAGUAAAGGAUGAAUGUAUGGACACACCUUGCUGUAUUGUGAAGAAUGUAUCUUGCCUUCUGUUGACCCAAAGCAGUAAGUUUUUCAGGAACACAGGUGGAGUCAAAAAGGCAGCCGAUUUUCCUUAUAUUCAAGUUGACCCCUGAACAACGUGGGGGUUAAUCUGCAUAUAACUUAGUUGGCCCUCGGUAUCCGAGGUUCCUCCACAUCCACGGACUCAACCAACCACUGCAGGUAUAGUACUGUGGUAUUUACUAUUGAAAAGUAUGUUAUAAGUGGACCUGUGCAGUUCAAACCCACGUUGUUCAAGGGUCAACUGUAUAUGGGUUUAAAAUUAGAAUUCUUCUGUGCCAUGAGUGUUAGACUUUAAUUGAAUCCCCUUUACAAAGUUUACUUUUCUUUAAGUCUGUGCUGAUUCAUGUAGAUUUACUCUUGUGUCAUGGUAAUUUUCACUAUACUCUAAAAGAACUACUGACUUAGAAAAAAAGAACCAAUCCAGAUCUCCCCAAAGAUGAUUUUGAUUUUUCACUUCAUGAAAAUGAUUUUGGGUCAGAGUGAUCUACUCAGUUAAAUUGGGUGAUUGAAGAACUGGGCAUUUUACCUGGUUAUGGCACUUGGCUUUCAAGAGCCUAUUUUUCUAACCUCUAAGUACAGGCCCCAGUGAAAAAAAUACUGGGGAGAUUCAACCUCUCUAUGAGAAAAGGUCAAACACCUUUUCCAAAUUUAAAUUUUGCCUUAAAUUCUCUCUGCCACACUGCCUCUGACAUUCUUGAAAGUUCAUGUAGUUCUUUAGAGAUAGACUUCAAAAAGAUGUUAUUUUAUCAAAGACUAAUCUCUGCACCUCUGAUUCAGUAUUUUAUGUCUUUCACUUUCCCUGGGAAGGAGUAAAGCUCUCUGCUAUACCUCUGGGUCUAUUAUAUUUAAUUCUGCUCUUGGUAGUCAAAGACCAUAGAAAAUAACUGUCAUCUGAACAACUCUUCUAGAAGCCAGAGACUGGUGUUUGAUGGAUAUUAUAUAUUAAAUAAAACCCAUCAGCGAGGGGUUAUGUAGAAAAGCAAUUUAUUCCAUUAUAAGCACUUACACAGUUAGUCAUGGAGAGUAACAGGCCUGCUGGUGAAACAGGUCACCCAAAAUAGAGAUGGUAUCAAACCAGUGGUCAAGGACUAACUCCUUAAAAAAAAAAAAAAAGCAACUCUUAUCCAGGAUUAAUUUAAUUUUAAAAACAAAUACAAGCUAUUGAUUCACUCUUCUCAAUUUAACUGGACAGUCUACCUGUGGUAUAACUGUCAGGUAAAAACAUACAUCUUUACAACUUGGUGGUCCCAAGUUUUUUUUUUUUUUUUUUUUUAAAACCAUUUCACAGAAAGGAAAGAAAUAAUAUGAAAACAGCUCAAGAAAUACACUAACAAGCAAAAAUAUAUGGGGAAAGAGGAACACAUUGUUUUGACUUAACUGAAGAAACUGAGAGGAGACUGGUCUAUGUAAGAAAAUGUGUAUCCUGGAAAGUUUGGUGUGAAGAUUUUAGAGCA